AGAAGUUGCGGCACCGAACCAGGGAUUCUCUACCGCAUCACUCGGGGACUCUGCCCAUACUGUAAGGCCGGCGGUACACUGAGAGGGGCGGAAUCUUUCAAACAGGAAGCUGAACUAAAGUUUCUGCUGAAAGCAGCGAAGACUUCCUGAUAAUAACCACUUAUUACAUUACAGGCACUGACUGACCGAGCGCUGUGCCUUCCUAUCUGUACAGGCUGAUCCGGUGCCGGAGCUCGGGCUCUGCUAGGAUUACCUCGGGGCAGCCGGCUGGGGCUAUAAACCGAAGCUUCCGACUGCAUAAGAACCUUCCAUGCGUAAAGGGCAGUCCAGUCAGCAUUAAGGAUGUGAGAUGGGCUACUGAAAUAUGGCAGCUUCCUGCAGCAUGCAUUGAGCACCUUCUGAUCACAUUUCUGAUUAUCUUGUGCGGUACUGGGACUUAAGAAAAGGUUAUUUGCCAAUAUUGUCGCAUGGAAUCACAAGCUGCUGAAGCCAUGCCUCUUCACGACAUCAUAAUGAGCUCUAGCGAUCUAAAGGAAAAGUCUGUGAUUGAUUCAGGAGGAUUCGGAAAAGUGUAUUUGUGUUUUCAUCGAACAAUUGGACUAGUUGUGCAGAAAACCGUGUUUACGGGAUCGAAGCAUGAGUCGUACAGUAAGGAUCUCCUUGAAGAGGGUGAAAUAAUGUAUAAGCUCAAACAUGAGCGAAUUGUAAAGCUGCUUGGUAUCAUCUUAGAAGACAGCAACUAUUCUUUGGUGAUUGAGUAUAUGCCCAAAGGACACUUGUUAAAGGUUUUAAAACAGAUUGCAGUACCGGAUUCAGUGAAGGCACGGUUUAUUCUGGAAAUUAUUGAAGGAAUGGUUUAUUUGCAUAAUCAAACAGUGAUUCAUAAGGAUCUGAAGCCAGAAAACAUAUUAGCAGAUGAUGAAUUUCAUAUUAAGAUUGCAGACCUUGGUGCUGCUGGCUUCCAGAAAUGGAGCACUUUAACUAAAGAGGAAACAGCUCGGCAAAAAAGUCUCAGCAAAAGUGGGAAAGCUAAUACGAGCAAUGCUGGAACGUUGAGCUACAUGGCACCAGAGCACUUAAAGAGUAUAAAUCAAAAGGCCACUCAAAAAUCAGAUGUGUACAGUUUUGGCAUAGUGAUUUGGGUGAUACUGAACAACAAGGAACCCUAUGAAAAUGCACUUAACGAUCCACAGAUAUCACAUUGCGUGAGUGAUGGUCAAAGGCCAGAGGUAGAUGCCAGACUGAACAGCUGCCUUGAGGAGGCAUCAGAUCUCAUGCAGGAAUGCUGGAAGGCUGAGCCAGGUGAUAGACCUUCAUUUAAAGAUUGUGAAGAGACAUUUAGGCCAAUAUAUACUGUGAAAUAUGAGAAGGAUAUUGAAACAGAUGUGGCUACAAUGAAGCGUUUGUACCCAAAUCCAGAUAAACUUGUUCAAAGACUGGCAUCCUUACAGAUAGAUUGUGAUGCAGAACUUCCCAGUAUGCCAUCGAGAGAUCACCCACAGUCCCUUCACAGCUCCCCAGGUUUUGCACAUGGCAAUGUGAACGAGAGUAUGUUUGGUGCUUUUACAAAUGAGCCAGUGGAGCCUGAGCAUGAAAAACACGAUGACGCACUGGAAAGAAAACUGCAGGAAGAGAUGAAUUAUCAUCGGACUGGCAGUCGUAUUGACCAUGUGACAAACAUUAAUCCUUCCGACAUAAGUGAAAUGAGAAGCAGAAAAGUGUUUAAUGUUCCAGCAAAUUUUAGUUCUAACAUUAUGUCCUCUGGAAGUAAUAUUGCACAUCCAGUUCAUGUGGGCUAUGGUAACGAUUACGAGAGUGGCCCAGGUAUGUAUGGCUCGGCUACAGGGCAUACAGAUGACCAUCUGCCGAUUGAACACAGUGACAUAUAUAAUCCAGCACUUCCUCAUAGCUCUUGGAGUGCAGCUGCUACAACACCUGCAUCUAUGGCACAUCCCGGACAGCAGCCACCAAAUUUUGAUCCAUACAAUUCCACCAAAGUUCCAGUUGCAGAAUCAAUGCCAAAUAUGUAUCUGCCAAAUCCAGCCUUUCCGUUUACUGCAGGCUCUGGCCACCAAAUUGGUACAGUAGGUAGCAAUAUGUUCUUCGGAUAUCCACAACAAUGUUCUUCAGAAAAACCUGUCUUUUUAACCAUAUCAAACAGUAAAGCAAUACAAAUUGGAGACAAUAAUGUUAUGAGGAUUGAUAGGAAAAUGCAUACAAAGGACAAUCCAGACAAGUAUGAAAUUGUUGAUGUGUUUGGGAACAAUUCAUUAAUAAAUGAGACCCAACUGCAUCUUCUGAGAUCGAAUUUAUCCCGGAAAUGGAAAGAGUUUGCUCGUUGUGUUGGAUUUCGUCAACCAGAAAUCGAUGAAAUUGAUCAUGACUAUGAACGAGAUGGACUGAAGGAAAAAGUUUACCAAAUGUUGCACAAGUGGCAAAUGAAAGAAGGAUCCAAGAAUUCCACAGUUGGCAAGGUAGCCACAGCUCUCUAUUCUCUGGGAGAAACAGACCUCCUCAACAAACUAAUCCAAAUGAAUUAAGAUAUGUAAGCACUAAGAAAAGCAGAUAUUGUCAGAAAAUCAGAUGAGAGAAUUAACUUUUGAUGUCCUGAGCUACUGUAGAUGUGCUACAUCACCACAAGUGCUUGCUUCCUAUGAAAAACAAAGUCAUGGCGCUCAGGGAUGAAGAUACUUGCAAAUUAUUGUAUACAUCAAUAAAACAAAAACUAUUAAUCAGGAAACAACACAUCAGUUUACAUCAUUGCUCUGAAUGUGCAGUCUUAUUCUAUCACAUGAAUUCCUUUCUUGAGCUGAAUAUUUACCAAGCAAUAGCUAGUGCAGCAGUCUAGUGUAAGUAGCACUCGUGACUGUUUUGAGUGGCACCCAAUGGGUCAAUCCCUCUAUGCUCCCAACCAUGGUCUACCUCCUUCCCUCACAAAGGAGACCUAUUGAGCACACGAGCCUCUCUCCUAACAGGAGAACCGAAGCAUUACCUGCAUAUGCAGUGAAGCCUGGUCUUCUGGUGAGUGAACCCUGCCGGAGUUAGUCCUGCUCACAGUCAAAUAACAGCACAAGACUCCGAUGCCUUCAUCUCCUGGCUACAAUUAACCAACAUAACCUGCGCGAACUAGUUCCAAAAGUGGAUGAACAGGCAAACGACUACAUUUUUAGAAUCCAUCUAUUACUUUUUGUAAAUGUUUGAGUAUGUAGUUAUGGUGAUGGCACUCUGGAAAUGUAUUUGGCUAGUAAUGUCCAACUAGUGGCACCCAAAGAAAAAAAAUGUUGUCUACCCACGAUCUAGAGAGCGCUCUCUUUGCAGUACAUAGAAUUGCUAUAUGCUUGGGAAAAAAGACAUUUUGAUCAUUGACCUAUUUAUAAACUAAUAAUUCAGGUUUUUCAUGCUGCACUUUAAGUGAGUGCUGAUUUACAUUGUGUAUACACACAGGGAUUUCAAAGCACUGCAAGACUUGGAUUCAUUCCUCAUAAUUGGAUCCUUCGUUCUUACUUUACUCCACUUCAUGAGGAGAUGUAAAUUUCAUAAAAAUGUAUUUUUAAAGUAUAUAUAGGUUAUAGUUUGAGUUCUGUAAAUGAACUUGAAGACGCAGGGCCAUUUUUACUGAAAAAUGCGAACUACAACUGGGAUAUGUGCAGGCUUAGCAUAUUGGCUAUAUUUCUUUACUUCACUAUUAAUUGACAUAUUACAGGUUGAGUAUCCCAUAUCCAAAUAUUCCGAAAUACGGAAUAUUCCGAAAUACGGACUUUUUUGAGUGAGAUUGAGAUAGUGAAACCUUUGUUUUUUGAUGGCUCAAUGUACACAAACUUUGUUUAAUACACAAAGUUAUUAAAAAUAUCGUAUUAAUGACCUUCAGGCUGUGUGUAUAAGGUGUAUAUGAAACUUAAUUGAAUUGUGUGAAUGUAGACACACUUUGUUUAAUGCACAAAGUUAAAAAAAAUAUUGGCUAAAAUUACCUUCAGGCUGUGUGUAUAAGGUGUAUAUGUAACAUAAAUGCAUUCUGUGCUUAGAUUUAGGUCCCAUCACCAUGAUAUCUCAUUAUGGUAUGCAAUUAUUCCAAAAUACGGAAAAAUCCCAUAUCCAAAAUACCUCUGGUCCCAAGCAUUUUGGAUAAGGGAGACUCAACCUGUAAUUAAUAGUAAGCAUAAAGAAUAGUGCAUUGUGUUUUAAUACUUUAUGUUGCCAAGUAAAUGGGGUCUUCCUCUCCAGAAUAUUAUGUUUUUCAGAUUUUGUAUUAAAAACAGGAAUAGUAUAAAUACAUAAUUUCAGUAAUUAUGGUGCACUUACAUUAGUUACAAAAGUAUAAAGCAUUAAAAUAUGUUUUAUAGCAAGUGAGAAUUAACAAUUUGAAAGUAUUUGUUUUAUGAAACUAAUGAACCACAUGUUUUACAAUUGUAACUAUUAGCUGUGGAAAGCUCAUUCAAUCUCAAAUGUAUGCUGAGGUUAGGAACAAGGGACAGAAGUACUAAUUAACAAUUACCAAUGUUGUAAUGGAAAUUCUUCAAGCUUUUCAAAAUAAUUCAGCGUUACUAGAUGUAGAGUAGCAUGCAUAGGUUUAUCUGAUAUUCCUUGCUUUAAUUAUGUACUCAUGAAUUACACAGCAUACUAACAUAGGGGUAGAUGUAUGACUAGGUGCUAUGGGGUCUUCUUGUAACUGUGCAUGCUAUGUGCAGCAGUUACCAUUUCUCUUGCAUGUAUUAACAUGGGGUUUUGUCUUAAAUGAUAGAGGCGCUAUGUGCCCCUGUCGUUAUCGGUGCUGCUAUUUUUAAGAUAGCGUACCAAUGUGCCAGCCAAUGUAUGAACGGUCAGUGGCACUGACCGUUCCGACAACUGCAGCUAUUGAUUUAAACAACUAUAGCUGUCGUAGCCCGUUGCACAGCCCUGUCACUGGCUGCCGGCUACGACAACCAGAGCUUUUAUUUCAAUACAACUGCGGGUGCUGCUGGGGGAUUUCUGACCAGCACUCCGGAAGGCAGGUACUUUAACACCCUCCCUCUUAGGCAAAGGUAGCUAAUAAUACAUCCUGCCAUUGCAGGGACCUGUUUUGCCACGCUAAAUGGGUGAAGCAGGUCCUUCCAAAUAACUUACCCAAAUUAUUAUGUUAUGCCUGGGAGCACCCCCCCCCCCCCCCCCUCCCCCCAAAAAAAAAAAAAAUUACUCAGUCGCACAUUGUACUUCCAUUGCAUUGGAUAAGAACCAUUUUACCAGUUCCCAGCUUACUUGGUCACAAUACUAUACAAUGCUGUGCUGUAGAUUUACUUCAGUAUGGAAACAGGAUUUUUGUGAUAGCAGAAAUGCGUAUUUAGGGGAUAUGUGUGUGUAUAUAUAUAAUAUAUAUAUAUAUAUAUUAUAUAUAUUGUCUAAGAUAGAAAAUAUUGUGCCACUUGCGAGUAAACCAAAUUAAUAUCUGGUUAAUAUUUAAAAAAAAUGUAAACUAUGUGUAAACACAUAUAUCAAUAUGCUGUGUAAAAACACUCCGCAAUUUGUAUGGGUGUCAGCUACUCCCCAAGUACACAGGGGUGGUAAGUCCCUGUAAAUAGUUUUUAUGGAAAAAGGGUGAAUGGGGAUAUAAGUGACCAAUGCUGUUAUACUGAAAUAGACUAAAAAUGGAAGGAUACCCAAUAUAUAAAAAAUAUAUAUAUACAAUUUAUUGUAACAACAGGAGUAAAAAUACUAAAACGAAGUUAUACAGAAAAUUAAUCACAUCUGACAUAAAAAGAUUUUUUAGGAACACAGAUGAGAUAAAAAACGGAGCAAAUAUAUAGAUAAAAAAGUAUAUGAGGAUAAAAAAAAUAUAUAUGGAUGGCCCUUCAUCGAUCAGCGAUUAACACAGCCAUCAAAAGUGGAAAAUCGGAUGAACCUGUGGCUCACCACUUCGCAGUUAUGAAACAUGAAUUGGCAACACUGAAACAUAUGGUGAUAGACCAUGUACCAAACAGCCUCAGAGGAGGUGACAGGGAUAGCAAACCGUUAAAACUGGAAGCCCGCUGGAUCAUUACACUGGACAACCAUUUGCCCAAAUGGACUUAAUGAACCGCUCCUGUGGAAUACCUUAAGCAGUAGAUAACCGUGCCUUGAAGGAUUUGAGAAUAUUUGCUGACACCUUGGACACAUGGGACAUUUUAUAUUCUGUUCCACCAUCAGUCUUCCUUACUAAUUUAGUACUCCAUUUCCAUUCUUCCUUCCGAUCCUUCAAGACCUCUCUCUGUUUCUCUGUUCACAAACUCGGUGAGGGUUCUUCAACAGAGCUCUCUUGCAUGUGACAACACACUACAUUUUAGCCCUAUACCAUGUUUUUCAAUGCCCAGGGGCACAGAGUAUACAUGACUCCGAGUCUCUGUAUCCAUAUAGCAUUUAGUUUUGUGCAACACCCAUAACCCUGUUUGUAAUCAUGUGGGUAAUUCCAAGUUGAUCGCA